AUGUCGCGCUGGCGCAACUCAUUGGCCACAUUGCGGCAUGCGGCAUCGAUAGGAUCGCACCCUCAAGCCUCGAUCUCUUCCUCGCAUUCGAGCCGUGGCUUGUCAGCAGCCACCUCCAACGCAGCUGCCGUGCCCGACUUUCUGGCUCCAAGCUUGCAUCGUCGUCACGCUGGCUCUUAUGCUCGCGCAAUCUUGCAUUCACCGGCGUACGAGAUUGCAGAGCAUUCAACUGCCGACACGACCUCAGCCUCAUCAUAUUCGCUAUCACGACCAUCUGGAAGAGCAUCUCGUACUCAAACCAGUCGCCGUGCUCAACGCCACGCAAGCGGUGCCGAUUUCUCUGCCUACUUUGAUGCGAAUGGCUCGACGCCGCCUUUGUCAUCCGUGGAGACAGAGGCGGACAUUAGGGCUCAUCUUUUGGCGGCGACGGACGAAUCAGACCUCGCAAGGAUCGCCAAAGCCAUCUUCUCUGCCUCUACGUUGUGUACAGAACGGCAGCGAGUCGCCUCUGUGUGCCGCAGCGACGAUGGAUCGGCUCACGCAGUGUCAUUGUCUCUCCAUUUAAACGAGGCCCUCGUUCUACACCUGGCAGACUCUUCAGGCAUAGCAACUCGACGCUCAGGGAGGAGCGAUCCUCUCCUCAUGAAUCAACUUAUUACCAAAUACCUGCGAUUGCUCUGCAAAGCGAUCCCUCACCACGCUUUCUCCGAUUCAUUCCUUACGAGCCUGGCACGCAAAGCCGGCGAAGCGAAUCCUAGACCGACAAACACAGCGCUCACACUACUACUAUCCAUAUUUCAACAUCGGUUGUCAUACAAAGCCCCCGGCAAAGUCAGCCUAUGCAAUGACGAGGAAUGCGCCCAUCGUCAGUCACAAGCUCUUCACCACCUUAUGUCUGGUUUCCUUCGCUCCGGCCACUUUGACCAGGUUCAAGCUUGCUUCGAUCUCCUCAUAGAGCACUUGUUGCCUGCAACCGUUCACCAUCAUCAGCUCAGGCUCAUCGCCAUGUUCCGGAAGCGCACUUCCAAUCUAAGCUCAAAACACCAGGCCGACAUCGAUAGAGAGUCGCAACAGGUUCACGCACAGAUCUUACAGACCAGGACCUCCAUGAGGAGAGCAAACCUGAUCCUCGACGAUACCUUCCUCGCCACGGUCCUGCAUGGUCUUAGCGCACCUCUUCGCCCCCCGCUCGCCGCCAUGACCUCGCCGACGCAGAAGCAGACCACGCUGCGUAUGGUUCGCAUCGCUUUUCGCAACCUCAAUGAGGCGGAUCAGAACGCCGACGUCAAGCAUUCAACUCGUUUCACCUCGACCUUGAUCGAUGCCGAAAUCGAUGCUAUCGAGUCAGACUCGGGCUUCAACUUGCAGGCGCGUGCCAAGACCAUUGACUGGAUACAACACUUGAUACGCAGGCUGAAGGCCGAGUCCGCGAGGGACAGCACCUCGACUUGGGCUGUAGCGGAAGGCAAGACAUUCACAGAAGCACAGGUGGCCUGCAUCCGCCACGAAAUUCGCUUACGUGCUAUGCUCGGCGAUACGGAGCGUUGCAUGUUCCUCCUUCGCCGCUUGCUCUCGCUGAAGCCCAAAGAUGGCAUUGAUGCAGUCGCACCACGGGGGCAAGAGCUCGCAUCCAAACAGCGAAGCAGCGUGAUCAACCUCUUCUCCUCGGCCAUGCAUCGAAGACAUGGGGCCGCCGACAAGCAAAACACUGCGUUCGAGGUGCUCAAACUCGCUUUCUCGUCGAAAUGCUUCCAACGCGUGUGGAGCGGUGCCAGCGCCUCAAUGCCCGAUGGAUCUGACGAUGCGGAUGACGCAGUCUUGCGUCUCUGGAAGAGAUGGAUGUUCGCAUGGUCGGCCGACUGUCUAGCAGAGGGGCGCCUGACUCGAGAGCUUGACGACAAUCUGUUGCACAAAGCGCCCAGCAAGGCCCUAGCGGACGAUGUUCGCCGCGGCAAAUACCACACUUUCACCGGCAGUCGCCCGUGGCAGACGUUAAAGCAAAGCCUUGUGCUGCUCAACCGAGUCAUCGACCAGUACGAGAGCUUGCACGCAAGAGUCGCGACUGAAGAAACGACAGCUUCCCGUGCAGGUACUGUUCAUUCUUGUGUAGCUGCUGUCGAUGGAGAGCUAGAAAAAAGCCCUCCGCCGGCCAUCGCGAGCCUCUCUCAGCUCUUCAACGACCGCGGCGUACUCGACACGAUUAUCAAGUAUUGCCUUCGAGGCGGUCGACCUCCUCGUGGCGAGACCAUGCAAACACAUGUCGAACGACGACUCUCACUUCUCGUCAACACCCUCACUCGCGUCCACGUGAACGCACGCACUUGGGAGCUGGUCGAAUCGUCGCUGCUGCGACACUUGGCUCUGAUCCCCACCAAUGUGCUGCCCACCUCUGCCGUCGCACCCACCGUCGAUCUCAUCGAACGGCGAAAACAUGCCGCUCUACUGCGAGAUCCCAAACUGCGACAAGCUCUGCGUGAUACCCAUCCGUCAUCCUUGAAACAGGAAGAGACUGUCUCUGGUGUAGGACUCGCACCUACUGCGGAAGCCACGCUACGACUUGCUUUGCUGAGAACGCUGCUUCCCGAGCUGACGCCUACGUUUGCGGCUGAAGAGACGGCUGAAGCGAUCGACGAAGCCGAGCUGGCGGGCGACGCGUUGUUGAUAGCGGAGGAGGCGGAUUUAGAAGCGACGGAGGCGAGGGAGGAAGCGGACGAUGCGCCGGACGCGACAGCCUGUGCCGCGGCGCUGGAUGCAACGGAUGCGGCGGACGAGGCGGAUGAUGCGCCGGAUUGUGCGGCAGACGAAGCAGAUCGCGAAGCCACGGAAGCCAAGGACGAUGCGGACGAGGCGCCAGACUGUGCAGCCGAACCGACGGAGCGAGAGGCAACGGAGGCAGCAGAGGAUGCGGAUCGCGAGGCAGCGGAUGCAAGCGACGACACCGAAGAGGCUCCCACGUCUGCUGCCGAUCCGACAGAGCGCGAGGCAACAGACGCGAGCGAAGAAGCCGACGAUGAAGCCGAAGAAAUAGCGGGUUUUGCGUCCUUGCUGACGCUGCUAAUCACCGAGCUAGCCGAUCGAGAGGCUACCGAAGCUGCGGAAGAGGCCGAAGACGCUCCCGACUGA